AUGGCCCAGGUCCAGGCCCUGGUCCUAUUCUCAUCGCUGCUGACCCUCUGUGACUCUAAAGGGAGCCCCGUGGUGUGGGUGCGAGUCCAAAUAGAGGCCCCCAAACUCCCAUCCCUCUCCCUCUCAGUUCAUUGUGGGGUCUUAGGAACCAACAUCAUCUCUCUGGUAACAGUGAGUUGGGAAGGAUUUGUUGAUGCCCGAAUGACCAAACUAGCCGUGUUACAUCCAGAACUUGGCACCCAAAAGUGGGCCCCUGCCUCCCAGGUCCGCUGGGAAACCUUAAAUAGCAUCUCUCUCACUCUGACCCUGGAACAAUCCAAGGCAAGAAACUUCCUGGCCAACACCUCGUUCUGCUGUGAGUUUGUUACCUUUCCUCAGGGUUCCAGAGUUGCCUGUGGAGACCUGAAUAGCUCAGAUCCAGGAGUCUCUACCCCAACUCCAGGCCCCAUUCUUCAAGGAGACCUGACCAGGAUCUUGGGAACCUUGGGGGUUCUCUUAUUUGGUUUCAUCUUUAUACUCUGUGUCCUGUGGCGGCAGAAGCGUUGGUGUUUCAGUAACUCUCAGCCGUCCUCCACCAGCACCCAGGCACAGAUGCAAACGCAGGUGAGCCUUGAAGGAUGGUUUCUGGAGCGGGGCACCAGCUGUGCCCCACAGCCUGCCAGCCAAGCAUCCCCGGCUGCUCUCUACCCACCACCAACCGAUUCAGCACCUCUGUGUGAGGCUAUGGUCCACCAUGACCAGCACCUGCCCCAGUGUUCAUCUCUCUCCCCCGAUGACCAGUACCAACCAACGAACCCCAGCUGCCUGUCUCCUCAGCUUCCCUGGUUGGCCUCUGCGCGUGGUAGCUUCAUCUCCACUGAGAAUGGACUGUAUGCUCUGGCCAGGGAAAAUCUUCUCCACCCCAUUCCUGACAUCCUUGGUACCACCGACUGUCUGGAAUACAGUACCCUGCGCGCGGUAACUCAAUGA